CAUUGCACCAAACGGAAGCUGCGCCGUCGCUGCUCCGCAACAUUUUGCCCAAUAAAACGUGCCCAAACUUAUAAAAAAUUGAUGAACACCGCUUCAAAUGUAAAUAAUAACCAAAUCAAAUAAUUUAGUGAUCGAAUCGCGACAAAAUCGCGCGCGAGUGCCAAACAGUGAGAGAGCGAGUGCCGCCUUUUGCUCGCUCCCCAAAUUUCGUGGCGUUUUCUUUUUUGUUUAUGCGCGCAAGAGAGAGCGAGAGAGAGCGUAGCAUAAAGUGCGCACACACACACAGUCGCGAGUGGGGAUUUGCAAAAAUCGAGUGAAUGUGUGUGUGCGCAUAACAUUUGCACACAUUGUUAUUGUUGGGACGACAGAUAGUGAGAGGGAGAGAGGAGUGUCAAACAGAGAGACAGAGAGAGCUGAACUGGGGCCAGAUUUAUAAAGCGACAUUCGCACUUUUACUCUGGAGCAUGACGGUUCUUUCGCGGCACUUUCGACGCGAUUCAAAGCUGCAGCCAAAGCAGCAGCAGCUUCCGAGUCCGUUCCGAAUCCAAAUCCGAGUCCCUAGCAGCCGAAGAGGAGCUAUCUAAUCCGCAACAGAUUCGCAACGCGUAUAUAUAUAUUGAUUUCGUGCAAGUGCAGUUGCAGCGCGCCCCAUCACAAAAAAAGAAGAAAAGAAAAACACACACCCCCUUUACCAACCACCUCUCGUUUUUCACUGUGUAUACUACAGCUUUUUGCUUCUUUUUAAAGGCGGCGGCACGCCCUUCCCCAACGUGCGUGCGUGUGUACGUGUGUGUAUAUAUAUUCGUAUAUGUAUUGGCGGGCUAACCCGAAAAAGUAAAGAAAAUCAUCAACAAAAAAAAAGAAACUUUCAAAAUAUUGAAUUGUGAAAACUAUCAGAAAAUUAUGUGCCUGCUCGAGAUAUAUUACUCAGUUUGCAUGAAAAUAAUAUGCAACAAUAGUACAUAAACAGUUGUUCAGAAAACACCUCGCGAACACACGAAAAAACCCUAUUCGAGAAUCAGCAAAGAAACAACAUGAAGAUGGUCGAUAAAUCGUCCAAGUUGGUGGAUAAAUUUGCCGUUAUCAGCGGCACCGGCGGCAGUAACACCGGAGGCGGACCGCUCAAUAUGCAAGUUGGCGGCGGAGGCGGUGGCUCUGGCAUUGGAAGUGGAGGCAUAUCGGGAUCUGGCGGAAUCUCCGGCACGGCUGGAUUGUCUGGAAUGUCUGGUGGAGGAGGAGGAGCCAAUGGCCAAAAACCGGUGCCAAUGAAGCUAUUCGCCGCCUGGGAAGUAGACCGAACACCGCCCAACUGCAUCCCAAGACUCUGCUCGCUGACAAUAACACGUCUGUCCAUCUUGACCCCACUGCCGGGUGACACCACCUCGUUGUCGCUAGCGGUGAAGAUGCAGAGCUCCAAGAGGACGCUGCGCAGCCACGAGAUACCCAUCAACGGCUCUGCCCUAACCUCAUCCGCUUCCCUGCAGGGCAACUCUCCGAUGUCGGGCGUGGGUGCCGGUACUCCGGGCAGUGCAGGAACUGGUGGCGGACUGGGCGUGGCUGUGCCCUUGACGGAAACCGAGCUGGACUUGCACUUCAGCCUGCAGUAUCCGCACUUUAUCAAGAGAGAUGGCAAUAGACUGGUUAUUUUGCUGCAACGCCGCAAGAAAUACAAAUCACGCACCAUUUUGGGCUACAAAACGCUGGCCGAGGGCAUCAUCCGCAUGGACGCAGUGCUCCAGAAAUCGAUGGACAUGAUCAUCGAGCUAACCGCUUCCGGGAAGAAUGGCCGACCGGGCACUGUGGUGGCCUGUCUCCGUGCCGAAAGAGUCUCUUCCAUUCCAGUUGACCAUGACAAUAAGAACAACAACAGCGUCCUGCUGGCAGAUCGCGUUGCUGAGUAUUCCGACGAGGACGAGGAGGCCGAGUUCAGUUCAGGCGAAUUCAACGACGAGGCCAACGAACUGGGCCUGAUCCGGGGCUACGAUCCCAAGGAUCCGCGGGACUACAACCAUCCGGCCAAGCAUGAUAUGCGCAAAUAUCGCAACAAGCUGCAACGCUCCGGUAUCGAGGACUGCGCCCUAGUCGGUCACCAUCCCGGCAGCAUCCAGCACCAUCAUCCCGGCGUAGUCGUAGAUAGCGAUAGUGAAUUCGAGAUGAAGGACAAGAGCUCGUCACGGGCCAAGUUUAGCCGGACGAUUUCGCUGCAGCAGCGGAACUUCAAGCAGAAGAUAGUGGCGCUCUUGAAGAGGUUCAAGGUGAGCGAGGAGCUGGAAGGAGAGUCCGGUCACCGGGGAACGGCUGCACUGCGCGGAGAACGAGAUUUGGAUGCACUCUUCCAGGAACUGGAGUCGCUGUCCUGUUGCGAGGGCGACGAUUCCGGACCGGACAUGGACAGCAUAUCGGUGGGAUCCACGCCGAAGCCAUCGUUACGUCCGUUCUUUACCAAUUCGCGGAUAAUGCUGCACGAUAACAUCACUGGCAACGGCGGAGAUCUGAAUCAAUUGCUGGGCGGUGGUUCUGGACCCGGAAUAGGAACUGCUGAUCGCGGGGGUAAUGACAGCUCCGGCAAUGAGGGCAAUGCUGGCUAUACGGAUGGCCAGAAUUCAGAUCCCCAGAACAGUCCACCCAGGGACAAAGACUACAUGCGCCUGCAGCAUAUGCAGCAGCAACAGUUAACCCCAGUAAGCUCGGUGGCCGCCAGUUUGGGAAGUGGCAGUGUGGUCACUCCUGCCCAGACGGAAAAGCGAUCACGUUUGUUCCGCACUUCCAGCAAUACUCCGGGAAUCACAGGAAGUGGAGGCAACAGUGCCAGUGCCAUUAACGCUUCGGGUGGCGGCAAAAGGAAGCACACCUUGAGCCUGAGUGCCGAGCCUAGAUCCGUGCUAGAGACUUGCCUCUCGCCUACCAACGUAGAACCACGCAAGCUGCUUCUCGACCAGUUGAGUCGCGUGUUUGCCGGCGAGGACAGCGCCAUACCAGAGGUGGUGACCAUCAUCAGUCCGCCGGAGGCGUUGGGCGGCAGCGCGCUGCUGGCCAAAUUGGUCACGCUUUUUGCCAACUCCUUUAAACCGGCCUUCGUGCCGCAGAACACUGCCGAGGUCAAGGCGGUGCUGCAGGCGCUCAUGGCCAAGAUCCAAAAGUAUUGCAACUCAAACGCCAAGCCACCACACACCGUCAAGGUGUUGCUGAUUGGUGGAGAUUGGCUGCAGGGAGCCACCCUGCGGCACUACGUGGAACUGAUGGGAGUGCGUCCUCCGGAUUGGCUCAAUCACCUGCGAUUCUACCUGGUCCCCGUCGGCGGCAGCUGCGGCAAUGUGGCCCGUCACCUUAGCCAAAUGGAUCAGGCAUAUGCGGUUAUGUUUGGUUCGGACAACUGGGCGCAGCUGUGUGAACGGGCGGCAGCCACAGCGGCAGCUGUUAGUGCGGUGACCACUGUGAAUGCCACCGCCCUGACAACAAAUCUUGCGGAUGCGGCUGGCGUCGCCAAGUCGGACAUCGCGGAGUUGGUGCAGCGUAUCCAGCGCUACCUACUUGCGGCAGGACCCUGCACCCAGAUACCCAUUGCCGAGGCCAUGGUUAACUACAAGGAUGAGGAUUCCUGCCAGAUAUUUGUGCCGUUUGUUAGUGAUGUUCGUAUUGGUUAUCUGGACUCCCAGGCCUCGCUGGAUCUCGAGGAGAAUACAGCAGGCUCCAAUGUGGCCAGUAGUGGACUGGGUUCUGGAUCUGGAUCAAGCUCAGCUAUCCCAAUUGGUAGCCAGAGCUCGCCGAAUGUACAUGGCGUGGUAUCUGGUUCGCCACCCCAGCAGCAAAGCAUGGGACGCAUAUCACCUCCUCUGCAAACGCCACCGUCGUCCGCGUCCUCGCAUCGGGAGCGGAAUACCAGUGAAUCGUUGAGUACGCCGUCGUCGCUGCAACAGCAAACUUUCAGUGGCGCUCUGGCCGCAGCGGAGGCAGUGGAGCUGCAGGUUGACUACUGGCCCCUGGUGAGGCCGGGCGAUGGUCACGUCAAGGAGUCCAAAAGCGGACUGUCCAAGGGAAGUGACGCCGGCGGCAAGAAUAGCAUUAAGAGUACGUUUAGGAACCUGCAGGUGUGGCGCCUGCCACAGCAUGCACAGCAAUUGGGUGAUAUGUUCAAUGGACUGACUGUUAGUUUUGCCACCAAGGAGAAAAAGCAAAAGCAAAUAAUGCGCUUGGGCAAGAAGAAGGAUAAGGAGCGUGAUCUCGAGAAGGAGCAAUGUGUAGAGGGCGUGGCCCGUCUAAUUUGCUCACCGAAGCAAUCGCAUCCAGUGCCCCUGCGAGUGUACAUCGAUGGCACCGAGUGGACGGGAGUCAAGUUCUUCCAGGUAUCGUCGCAAUGGCAAACACACGUCAAGAACUUUCCCAUUGCGCUUAUCGGCUGCACACCUAUGUCCUGUGCUGAAUUAUCCUAGUCAUUUUAACCCCCGACCUCACACGGCACACCCCCAACUCCCACAAAAAACACAGAUAUACAGACACAAAAACUGAAACGUGCUUGGAGCAAGGGAGACAGUCACUUGCGCGGCAAUAAAUAUUAUACAACUGAAAAGAAUGAUAAUUUAUUUAUAAUUAGUAUUUGUAAAUUUUUAGUUAAUAAACCGUUAGCCUGUAACGUUCAUUUAAGUUAAUUACCGCACGCAACUUGUGAAUUUAUCAGAUACUUUCGACCCGCAAUCAGACACAUACAGACAAGUAGACACUACUAGUUUAAUGAUAUGCUUAAAGUAAUUAUAAAACUCGUCAGAGAUGAACAACGCGUAUCAAAAUAUUCUGUACAAGAUGGUCUAGAACUAAAACCAAACUUUAUAGUUACCGUUUCAAGAUUUCUAUGGACACGUUGCUCUUGCCUGUUGGCAUGUACUAGCAUACAUACACAUACAUUUAUAUAUAUAUAUAUAUUCUCUAACCGGCAGUUACCAAGCAUUCGGGAGCAUUAGGCCCCAUGAUCUCAAAAUCGUUGCUCCCAUCUGGCCAACUAACAAAAGUAUCUAAAUGUUAUGCUGCAGCAUGCUAAAACUACUUGACAAACAAAGAGUAAUUUGACAUAUUAACCAAACCCGUCGUCUAUGUACUACCUAAAUCAGAAAAAUAUCUGUGUGUGAAAUUAUAUACAAUACAUAUACUAUAUAUAGUAUACCUAUCUAAUCUACCAUAUACAAAACCAUAUGUAACUACUCUUAUCGUUGUGAUUUUUGAAAUUUCAAGGCAGCCCAGUCGUAUUAGCGGAUGUUGAAAAAGGAGUAAAUUUAUACAUGUAUACAUAAAUCUACAUAUAUACAGCAGGCACUAGCAGGAGACAGUUCGAUAUAUCAUUAUUGUAUAUUAUAUUCUCUGCCCCUUAAAAUCGCAUUCGUGUCCCCGUAGUAGUUGCGAACCGAUUAAAUACGAAAACUGCGUGUUUUUCCCUGUUUGAACUGAAAGACGGAUAGGUAUUCGAGGUGCGUUGAUUGCGUUGCGAAGUGAAAUAUUAUAAGGCGUGUAAUUUAUAAUUGUACUAUUAAAUAUAUUAAAGUUAAAUACGAAA